AAUAGGAUUCUUUGGGGGUCACAUAGGCGGAAUCCAAGGUUGACUUUUGCUAGAUGAAAUGCAAAAGAGGCGAGAGGAUGAUUCCGAUGAACAAAACCAUUAUUUUCAGCAGGAAUAUCAUCAGAAAUUUUGAACAUCAAACAUAAAUCAUUCUUCACUUGAUAUUGCGACAAAUCAAUGAUGUCGUCUUACAGAAAUGGCACUUACAGAGGCGAAAAUUGGGGUAUCGGUAGUGCUAGUGUGGCUCGUGGGGCUCGCUCGGGUUUCAGGCGAGGCUCAGCAUUUCAUAUACCUCCACCAGUGUCAGACGAGCCCUUUGGACUAGAAAUCGACAAAAUCAAUAUUUCAACUCUAUUGAUUGAAGAGAAUGCUCCCACAAUUGCAAAUGUCAACUAUCUUGCUUCCUACAACUGGCUGGACGCUCAAUCCCCUAUAAUUCUUGUACCAGGUAAGCAAAAUAUGCUCUUGCAACUCACUCACGAUGGAGAAGCUCUAGCAUUGAGAAGCCUUCUAGCUUUGACAGCAUGCUUUUCAAGGCUAGGUGUCUAUGGUCUAUAGAACUGUAAAUAAUUUCUAACUUGUGAGAAAUAGGAUCUCCUCCAGCCUGGUCUCCUCCCGCACAAGAUGAAAAGCUUCCUGGUGAUAGCGGCUCCGUAUUCCGCGACAUCAAUGCUGCACGAUAUCCCGAUUAUCCCUUGGAGCCCGCCGUUCGUUCCAUCCUAGCUCUCGAACCGGACUUUAACUUUCAAGCUCUUGAUCUUGUAGGAUGCGGGUCUACGAUGGGAAAUCUUUUGAGAUUUGCAAGCUCGGUGGAGAAGCCAUUUCGAUUUGAUGCCGAUUUCGUUGGGGAUACAGUUUUCUUCAUCCGAAAAGAAAGGACUCCAACUGAAACUAUCGAUGACCUCCGAGGUUACGGUCAUACAUUUCCGGAACGAUAUACUACAUGGGACCAGGAUGUAAAAGGUUCUUGCUCACAUCAGCGCAUCAUCGAAUAUGAUUUCGCGGACCUUCACAUUUUGGUCCGGAGCGAGAGUGAUGGAUACAUCAGAGAACAUGAUCCACCUACGAAACGCUCAACGGAGAGUGCACAAUCGCCACUGGACGAGUCAUUUGCCAUGUUAGGAGUAGGUAGUACCCCUGCAGGGUUUAAUAAUGCGAAGCUAGAUCUGCGAAUGCAAGGCACCAAGAAACCACAGAGUCAGAUUUUCGACAUUAAGACACGACGUAAAUUGAAUGACUUUGACAUGGAAGAGAUUAUUCCUCGACUAUGGUUAAAUCAAACUCCCAACUUCUUGCUCGCCUAUCAUGAAUAUGGGCUCUUCGAUAAACCCGAGGUAUCAAACGUCAAGGAUAAGGUGCUCGAAUGGGAAGGAAGGAACGCGACUUUGUUAAGCAAAUUUCACGUUCUUGUGAAGAGGGUUAUGGAGAUUGUGAAAGAUUCUGAGAAUCAUCGCGUAGAAGUAAGCUGGGAUGGCAAGGGUCCAUUACGAGUUACGGAACGGAUCAAAAAGGGAAAUCGAGUUCUCCCUGCAGACUUGUUGCAGAAAUGGGAUGACAUUGACUAACCUCGUAUCCAUAUGUUUUACUUAGGCUUCUACUUGAAUUCGCUCAUGGUUUGAUGGGCUCUUUAGGCUACUCCUUCAUUGAACGUCAUUUAUGAUGAAAUAAAGGGUUCAGAUAUUAAUAAUAUCUAAAUCAUAUGCACCACUCUGUGCAUAGCUUAGGGCUAGCCUUAUGAGUUUGAACAUUAACACUCUUAGAGAAUAUAUAUUUCUUCAUC